UCCCCUGCAGGGAGUGCAGGCAGGAAAACAUUCUUCUUUAUCUGCCGGCCGUUAGUGGAAAUUUUUUUUAUUCACCUGCAAAUUGCAACCUGCCUGCACUUUACCAUGCAGGUGAUCAGCUCUGUAAAGGCCAUUUAAGGCUAAGACAGCUCUGGAUUCGAUUUGCGGACAUAAUUUGUUUUUUCUUUUACAAAAAAGAAUAGUAGAUAUACAAUAAACCAAGAUUUUUUUUUGGGAUUUCAUCAAUUAACUGAUGACAGCACUUCUUUCCUAUACCGUUGUCACCAUAGAAUAUACGCGACAAAAAGCAUCAUUUUUUGUAUGAUGAUAAGAUAUAGUUGUUUUUGUAUAGACGAAAACUUCACACGAGCUAUGGAAUCAAGUGGCAAUAACAUAGAAAUUAUUAUUUAUAAUAUACGUUUCACUAGAAUUCCACUUGGAAUGCAUCUAUUCAUGAUCAAUACUUUACAGUCGUUCAAACCUAUCUGUCGCGAUACUGAAACCUUUUGGCACCGGGGGACACAUUGUAAAAAGUAAAGUGUGCCCGUAGACAUGUAAAAGUUCUAAGUGCGCAAGCACGAAUCAAAUUGCUGUGUUUUUUUUCUAGGUGUGUAAAAGUCUUUCUAUAUUCGCAGAUGUGUAAAUUCUGCCAGUAUGUUUCUCGCACAUCACAGUGUGCAUUUCUAGCUGUGCAAAUUCAGUGGGUUUUGGGCAUACUUUAUUUUUUGCAGUGCAGAGUCUGUAGAUACCAUGGAUGUCGUUGAGUUGUUAAAAUAAUUAUCUCUCAUUAUCAUACAAAAAAGCAAGGACAUGAUGCUUUUCUCCAUGUAUAUGCUAUAGUGGAAACAUUAUAGGAAAAAGUGCUGUCAUCAGGUAAUUGAUGAUAUUACGAAAAAAGAAAUCUUUGUUUAUUGUACAUGUACUCUUUUUUUGUAAAAGAAAAAACAAGUUAUGUCAGGAAAUCUAUGGUACAAGAACAUGAAUAUGCGAGCAACUUCUUGUGUUUUAACAACUUUUAUAGGCUUUCUUAUCUUUCCUUGUUUAACUGUUAAAUGUGAUCUUACUGCGUCGGGUCGAAUGUUUUCUCUUUUGGGAUCAAUGACCUUUUAUGCAUUUUAGAUGACAUCGUUUCUUUGUUUCCUUGGUUUUCUAAUUCUUUUUAUCAGUGCUUAUCAUAUUAAUUGUUUCGAAGAUUUGAGCGAAAGCGGCGAACAUCCAGACCUUCAUCUUGAUCGAACUAAACGACUCAGUCCGCAGUCUCUCGAAGAAUAUGCAUCAAGCUUGGUUAAAAACUCAGCAACGAAACUACAAGAUCUUCAUAAAAAUGAAACUCUUGUAAAACUUGUUUUCGACAAAUUUAAACUGAAGCAUGGCCGCCGUUACCAUAACUCGAGUGAAGAACAUCGUCGAAGACAGAUUUUCGGUCAACGUAUGGCACAUGUUUUAAAUGUUAAUUCGAAAAACCUGUCACAUAAGUUGGGAUUAAAUCAUUUUUCAGAUCUGACUGAACAAGAAUUUAAUCGACAGAAAAAAGGUCUUAUACCCGACCAUAAAAAACGCACUCGCAAGCCCCGUUCAGUCUUCAUGCAAUAUGUGAUUCAUAGCGCCAAAGUAAAGUCACAAACGAAAUCGAAGCAUAAAUCAGUGACAAAAGCCCCACCGGCGAAAGGUGUAACAGCUUCGACUACAUUAGAUUGGGUAGCUAAAGGUCGUGUAACUUCACCAACAAACCAGCUUUCAUGCGGCGAUUGUUACGCAUUUGCUACCACGGCAGUCGUGGAGGGGCUACUGGCAAAGAAAACGGCGAAGUUGGUUAGUUUAAGUCCACAAGAAAUAACUGAUUGUUCACAAAGCUAUCAACUGCAAUAUUAUGGACAAGAAAGUGGAGCUGGCGGUUGUGGUGGCGGGGGUUUCGUUCCUUCAAUUCAAUAUCUGAACUCAAACGGCGGACGUCAAGCUCGUUGGAAUGAUUAUCCUUACGUAGGCGAUCAGCAAGGUUGCCGAGCUUCCGCCGUUUCUCGACAAACAAUCGGAGCUAACAUUAAGUACACGGCUGUGAAAGAAGGUGAUGAAGCUGCCCUCUUGCAAGCUGUUACUCGAGGACCAGUUUUUCUGGCUAUUAAUGCAAACACACAGACGUUUAUGUCUUAUGCAAGUGGAGUUAUUAACUUAUCAGCACAAGACUGUCCAAACAGUCCAUAUUCAUUGGAUCAUGCUGUGACACUUGUUGGCUAUGGUUAUGAUUCUACAACGAAACUGAAUUAUUGGAAAGUGAAAAAUAGCUGGUCUACCAGCUGGGGUGAAGGUGGCUAUUUUCGUAUCGCAAGGGGAACGAAAAAUGUAUGCGGCGUUGCUUCAGGAGCCUGGGAAGGAACACUUUGA